AUGGCGAGUGCGCAGCGUCUGAACCUCCGCCCGCUGGCCUCGGGACUUGCUCGGCCCUCCGCCAAGCUCCACGCCCAUUGCCUGAGUCGGCUACCUGUGACGGCUGUGCGACGUAAGUCUGGGCCAUACGGCUACACCCAGGCCAAGGCGCUCGUCUUCUCCAAGUACGGAGAGCCCGAAGAUGUGCUCAAAGUCCAUACCCAUUCCAUCUCGCCAUCUAUCCCCUCGUCGUCCGUCCUCGUCCGAUCCCUCGCUGCGCCUAUCAACCCCGCCGAUAUCAACACCAUCCAGGGAACCUAUGGCUCUAAACCACCCUUCACCUCCCUCAUUGGCACCGCUGAGCCCUCGGUCGUCCCCGGUAAUGAGGGCGUCUUCGAGGUCCUGUCCUCGGGCGACCCGUCCUCGUCCCUGAAGAAAGGCGACUGGGUCCUCCCCGCUGUCGGUCAGUUCGGCACCUGGAGGACGCACGCUAUCGAUGAAGCCUCCAAGUUCAUCAAAGUUAACAAGGAGGGCCUGACACCUACGCAGGUUGCGACUGUCAGCGUCAACCCUUGCACGGCCUAUAAGAUCCUGCGAUCAUAUGGCCCCAGUGCCGGCCCUAAGGCUGGGAUGGGCAUGAAGCCCCUCGAGGUCGGUAGCGGCCAGUGGUUCAUCCAGAAUGGUGCCAACUCCGGUGUUGGUCGGUCCGCCAUCCAGUUCGGUAAGCUGUGGGGACUGAGGAGCAUCAACGUCGUUCGUGACCGUGAGACCCCCGAGGCGACUGAGGCGCUCAAGAAGGAGCUUCACGACCUUGGUGCCGACGUCGUCGUGACGGACUCACAGUUCCUGUCGCGCGAAUGGCGGGACCAGCUCGCGGAAAUCACCCGCCAGGGCCGUGAGGAGAUCGGUCUCGGCCUCAACUGCGUCGGCGGCAAAUCGGCCACCGCCAUUGCCCGUUCUCUUGGCGAGGACGCUACUCUGGUUUCCUAUGGCGGCAUGGCCCGUCAGCCUGUGGCGCUUCCCGUCGGUCUGCUCAUCUUCAAGGACAUCCGGUUCGUUGGCUUCUGGUUGAGCCGAUGGAACGAGCGUGAUCCUGAAGGCCGCAAACACAUGAUCGACGAUAUCCUCAACGUCAUCCGCGAGGGCAAGUUCCGUGACGUGCCCAUCGAGGAGGUCAAGUGGGACUGGGAGACGGAGGAGGAGACGCUGCGGAAUGCAGUACAGCAAGGACUCCAAGGUUUCCGUAAAGGCAAGGGCGUGCUUGUCUUUGGCGAUACCUAG